AUGUGGAGAUUUUAUACCGACGAUUCACCUGGAAUCAAAAUAGGACCCGUGCCAGUACUUGUCAUGAGCCUUGUUUUUAUUGCCUCAGUAUUUAUGCUACACAUCUGGGGCAAAUACUCUCGAUACCAUUGA